GAUGUCUACCCUGUAAUUAGAGCCAGCCCAGGCCCCAUCUACCUCAAAUCCAACCUCUCAUUUACCAAACCACUCCUUGAAUACUUAAGGAGCUCUCUUACACUCGGCACACUCUGUAGGUCUUCAGAGCGACAGCUUGCUCCAUCAAAUUAUUUCACCAUAGAGGGCUGGAAGACUUAAGGUAUUCAUGAUGUCCAUUGCCAAAGCAGCAGCAAAGGCCAUGCUAUCUGAUGCCCUGCUGCAGGAUAACUCUGGGAUUUUCAGGAUCAGCCAUCUGGAACUGGAGCUUCCCUUAGACAAGGUUAUCAAGUAUGUGUCUGUCGGGCUGCCGCUAAUGCUGGUGUGCAUGGCCUUUGUCCGCGAGAUCUCUCUAGGGCCCCAGAUCAGCUGUUUUACUCCAAGUAAUUUUACUGCAAAGCAGGCCAGCUAUGUGGACACGUACUGCUGGGACUCUCUCAUGCAUCACGAGUUUGAUUCUGAUGGGAACUUUGAAGAGCAAUCUCUUUGGGUACACAAAAUGUUUCCCUAUUCUCUGAUGGCCAUGGCCAUCUUGAUGUAUCUGCCAGCGCUAAUUUGGCGCCAACUUGUCAUGCCCACUCUUGGGUCAGACCUUCUUUUCAUAAUUGAUGAACUUGACAAAUCGUACAACCGUUCCAUCCGGCUGGCCCAAAGCAUUCUGGACAUGCGCCAAAACACCAAAAACCCACUAACAUUUCAAGCUGAGCUUCAGAGAGCCAAGAGGAAGAGAUACUUUGAGUAUCCACUUCUUGAGAGAUACUUGCAGUGCAAACAAAACUCUUACUUCCUUGUGAGCAUGCUUUUCCUGCGAGGAUUUCUCCUCUUGACCUUCAUGACCUCUGCCUGCCUCUAUCUAACUUACUUUCACCUUUCGGCCUUCCUAAAGGAUGACUUCAACUGUUUUAUCCGCACAAGUAUUCUCCAAGAUCAGAACAGGGUUCCAGAGUUAAUUCAGUGCAAGAUAAUUGGACACUUGGUCUUUCAAGUGAUAAGUGUGGCUAAUGGUGCAAUCUAUGUCUUACUAGCACCAAUAGUUCUUUUUAGCCUCCUUCGACUCUUUGUGUGGGACAACACCUUUAUCUCUGUCUACGAGGUCCUUCCUGCUUUGGAUCUCCUCAAGAGUAGAAAGUUAGGCUGCCCUCUGAAUGACCUUAAUGUUCUCCUGCUUUUUUUGCGUGCGAAUGUAGCUCAUUUAAAGUCCUAUGGACAAGUCAGAGCUUUGUGUUCCCUUGCACCACCACAAUUAAGCAACACAACAGCAGGACAAGGCUUACAUGUCAUAUUCACACAAGAAGAAAUCGAGGAACGUGAGGAGGCAGCAAUGGAGCUUGCAGAGGAAAUCGAUGAGGCUAAGGAAGAAGGGAAGCUCAACCUAGUGGAUAUCAUGACUAUUCUGGGAGCAGCACAAGGACGAGUGGUGAACUGCAGGGAGACAAGGCCUCUAGUGGAGGAAAAUAUGAGCCUGGAACCAAACCACCAGGGGUACCAUGAGUUGAAGGAGACCACACCAUUUGGUCAUUUUUAACCUUCAAUGGACUGACUCAAUCUUAGGGCAAUGGGGAAUGGUGGGGUCACACACCAAUUGGUUCUUGACACUCUAAAAACACAAACAAAAGCUUAAAACUGCUGAUCUGUGUGUCUGUGGAUUUGCCAGUUUUGAGCUACUGGCCAUUUGUUAAUAUUGUGAUUUUAACUUUCUUCUGUGUAUCUGUACAUCACUAUAUAUAGAAAAGAGCCAAACAGCAAAAAAGUGUGCCAAUGAAACUGUCUGGUGUUAUCAGGCUCCAAGCACACCACUGAUAAUGACAGCAGUUUCACAAGUAAUAUUUUAAACUUACAAAAUGUCUGAAUGCUACAAAUGUCAUUAUUAUUUACAUUUUGGGAUUUAUGUUGAUGACAAUGAAUAUUAAAAAUGAUUAACUUGA